GGUACAAAACAAAGUUAUCAGCAACAUAAACUGACGUGUACUAUUGCAAAUAAUAUUGAAUAAGAUAAUUAAAUGUUUAUUUGAUCAUUAAAUAAUGUUAGAAACGGAAAGACUAAUUGAUAAUUCCGCGGAACCAACCACAAGUGCGGAACAGAGUUCAACUGAGACAGCAUCCGCAGAACGUGAAGCAUAUUUUCAGGCACUACGAAUAUGGAUCCAACAAGCACAAUUAUAUCAGAAUUUAACGUGUUUCCCUUAUUACAUGGUUACAUUCCAAGGUUUACAGAACCAUCCCACGAACGUACCGUUACUUAAUAAUAAUUAUCAGUUUCAAGGCCAACAAUUCCCAUUUCAAGUUCCGAAUGCACCCAGGAUUGUACCAGAAGCCGCCCAACAAGUUGCUAGCUUAACUCCUGCCGAAGUGAUAGCUCGUCAUGGUGGCUAUGAAUAUAUAAUUCCACCUCUACAUAAAAGGCUGAUAGCUGAAUUUAUAGAUUUUUUACUACUAUUUGUAUUGAAGUUACUUGUUACAUUUGUUGCAGUCGAUACACUGGAGAUAAUUGACACAGAAAAAUUUGAUUUCCAGAAAUUCAGUGAAUAUUAUGAUGAUUAUAAAUCUGCAAUAGAAUUCACUUCAGGAAUAUUGUUUCUGGAAAUCGUAUAUAGGUUACUAGUCUGUCUAUUCGAGGCUAUUUGUUUAUGUGGCAACGUGGGUCAGAUAGGAGGAGCGACACCUGGGAAAGCUUUACUAGGACUUCGUGUAGUCACUGCUUCGGCCAUAUUACCCGUAGAGGGACGUCCGAAAGAGACAGUAGUGCUCUACCCGGGCAGACCCUUGGGGUUUCCCCUGGCAUUACUAAGAUCACUAUUAAAGAAUUUCUUGAUUUCUCUUCUGUUCCCACUAUGCGUUGUUAUGUUUGUAUUUAAACACAAUCGUACCGGUUACGAUAUUGUUUGUGGUGUCAUUGUAGUCGAGGAGAACAUGUUUCCACCCAGGAGAAAUGCUGCAUAAAAAUAUCUAUAGCUUUUACAGUUUUAUGUUUCUUAAAAUAAAUGUUGUACUUUAUAUAAAAAAAUAUAUAAAUUAUUUUCAUAAUGAAAUGCAGUCAUUUUGUGGCUUGAUUACAAUCGUAAUAUUUAUGGAAAGUAGUACAUAAUUUCAAUAUUUUAAUAAAGAGAACUACUUACAACUAAGGACGUGAA